CAGAAAAAGAUGAUUCCAAUGAGAGAAUAAGGCAAGAAAAAGAACGUGUGACAUAUGACAGAGGAAAUUGACGAUGGCAACGUGAACUUAAUUAGCAUGCUUAGAUUUUAAUAAUAAUAAUUUCUUUACAUUUCAUGCGGAUUUAAUAUUUUAUGAGCGGUACGGCCCAGUAUCAAGAAACGGGCCGAGCCGUGCCGGCCAGGUGGCAGGAGCUUAGCACGCAUGCCUCGACAUUUAAUUUCUUUUUUUUUAAAUAUCAUUUAGAGUUUAAUUGAUAUUAAAAAUACUUUAUUAAAUUUUCAUUAAUUGUAAUUUGACAUUGCGAGAUUAGUUAGAAAUUAUAAUUAUUACAAAAAGGUCGGAGAUCAUAUCUAUGCCACGUCAGCAACAAUUGUUAGAAUUAUUUAUUUUAGAGAAAAGAAGGGUGAAAGAAGUUGAAGCCUUGACCGACGGCGGAGGCCGCAGCGACGCAGCAAGAUGAAGGUAAUGGUCGCCGUCAAGCGGGUGGUCGACUAUGCCGUCAAGAUCCGUGUGAAGCCAGAUAAGAGCGGGGUCGAGACCGGCAACGUUAAGAUGUCGAUGAACCCAUUCUGUGAGAUCGCCCUCGAGGAGGCCCUCCGCCUCCGGGAGGCAGGAGCCGCUGGGGAGGUUAUCGCCGUCUCAGUCGGUCCCGCGCAGUGCGCCGACACGCUCCGUACUGCCCUCGCCAUGGGAGCCGACCGUGCCGUCCACGUAGAUUCUGGGACCGUGCCGGUGCUUCCGCUCUCCGUGGCUAAGAUCCUGAAGGCCCUCGUUCACGUAGAGCGGCCCGGGCUCUUAAUCCUCGGCAAGCAGGCAAUUGAUGAUGACUGCAACCAAACAGGACAAAUGGUGGCUGGACUACUUAGAUGGGCACAAGGAACCUUCGCUUCAAAGGUCGUGCUGGAUAAAGAAAGCCAAACGGCAACAGUCGAAAGAGAAGUCGAUGGUGGUAUCGAGACGAUCUCUCUUGAUUUGCCUGCAGUAAUCACGACGGAUUUAAGGUUAAAUCAACCCCGAUAUGCGACUCUUCCGAACAUAAUGAAAGCUAAAUCGAAGGUCAUCAAGAAAGUUACACCUGCAGAGUUGAACGUGGAGAUCAAACCAGAUUUGGAGAUCAUUCAAGUUACAGAACCGCCCAAGAGAAAAGCUGGUGCGAUCGUUUCAUCGGUGGAUGAACUCAUCGAGAAGUUGAAGAAUGAAGCUCGUGUUAUAUGAAACAUUUGUUUGUUCAACUCCAGAAACACUUAUCUUCAACUUUAAAGUUCUUCAAAUGUUUCAAUAAUAA